AUGAAGACCAAUACUCUUUUAACCACAUUAGCAUUAGCUCUUGUUUCCAAUGCAGCAACCAUUCCAACUUCUGCAUCAACUUGGACCACACUUACUGCUACUGACUCCGUUCCAUCAUCAGUUGGUGCUUUGACUACUUUCAGUGGUUCAUUUGCCAUCUCACUUAUCUACCUUUCAUCAGCAUCCGAAACCGCUUCAGCUAAUGCAAAGAGAGAUGUUCUUGCUCAAAUCAGUGAUGGUCAAGUUCAAGCCCAAUCAACCACCGCAGCUGCUGAAAGCACUGCUUCUGUUCUUGCACAAAUCAGUGACGGUCAAGUUCAGGCCCAAUCUACCGCUUCCGUUCUUGCACAAAUCAGUGAUGGUCAAGUCCAAGAACAAACUACUGCUGCUGUCCUUGCACAAAUCGGUGACGGUCAAGUUCAGGAACAAACUACUACUGCUGCCGCUGAAACAACCGCUGCUGUCCUUGCUCAAAUUGGUGAUGGUCAAGUCCAACAACAAACCACUGCUGCUGCUGAAACAACCGCUUCAGUUGUUGCUCAAAUCUCUGAUGGUCAAGUUCAAGAACAAACCACUGCUGCUGCUGAAACCACUGCCGAAGUUGUUUCUCAAAUCUCUGAUGGUCAAGUUCAAGCCACCUCCGCUGCUGAAACCACUGCUGCAGUUGUUUCUCAAAUCUCUGAUGGUCAAAUCCAAGCUACUUCUGCAACCACUGCCGCAGUUGUUUCUCAAAUUUCCGAUGGUCAAGCUCAAGCCACCAGCUCUGCUUCUUCUUCAUCUUCUUCCUCCGACGAUGAUGAUUUCGAUGAAACCUGUUCUGCUUCCAACUCCUUAGUAUUAAAGUUAGCUGAUGGUAUCUUAACUGACUCUGCCGGAAGAAUCGGUGCUAUCGUUGCCAACCGUCAAUUCCAAUUCGAUGGUCCACCACCUCAAGCUGGUACCAUCUACGCUAAGGGUUGGUCCAUUGUCCCACUUUCUUACUACGGUUCAGAUGAUUCCGAAUCAUCUUCCAAGAGAUCUGCCACUUGGGGUAAGUUAGCCCUUGGUGACAAGACCACCUUCUACAGAUGUUUAUCUGGUGACUUCUACAACUUGUACGACGAAAGCAUCGGUGGUCAAUGUUCUGAAGUUGAAUUUGCUGUCUUAAGAAUCGUUGACUGUUAA